AUGGUCACAAAUGAGGCCACCAGCGCACAAGCAAGCGACGGACGCAAGGAGACAAUACUCGUAGGCAAAUGGAGCUCUGCGGAACAAAGCGACGACAGCGCCUGUCCUUCUCCAUUGGCCGGUGCCAAGCGGAGCACGCACUGCCACGCGCCGUGCACUUUCGUCACGGCGGGUCAUCAGUGGAGACCAGUGGCUGUGGAGCAUAACGCAGAGGACUGCGAGCGUUCACAGCUCCGCGUCCUGUUCUCCCCCAUCUCCACACGGCCCAAGGUCCUGCCUUCCAUUUGUUGCUCCGCCACCACCUGGAAGCUCCGGGCUGCUGCGUAG